AGUCUAGUGCAUGGGAAUAUACGGAAUAACCAAUGAUCUUUGGCUACAAAUCUAUGUUUGGUUUUGUCGAAAAAGAGUGUCGGUUCCCGACCCAUUAUGUUAUUAAUAAGUACAGUAUUAGUAAACCCCGUAAAACUACAUCGAAAUAUACUUGAAAUUUACCACGAGUGGCAGAUCAAAAGGUAAAAGGCGUGAGAAAUAAUAACUAGACGGUUGUAAGUCGAUAAAACGUUUGCGUCACGACACUCCAGACGUUACCAUGCACCAGAAACAACAUAUUUAUCGAUUGUUGUUUUUUUAAACGCGAACGUGUCUUCCGAAAUUCGGUGAGACUUUUGUAAACUCGCCUCCCGGGGUUUAGUCCAUUGUGACGUCUUCCGUGACGUCACUUCGACGCGGGAUAUCGGCGGAUGACGUCACUCAAAUCAUUCGAUUAUCGAAUAAUUGCUGUUAUGAGAUUGUUCCGGAUUAGUCUGUGUACUUGCGAAAUCGUAUGAAUCACAACAGGUUUAAAAAUCUCGCUACCGGCUUUGUGCGAGUUGGAAAUAGAACUAAGGUAGCCAGGCAACAAUACAAGUUUAAAAACAAACAAACCAUUGCUGAGUUCCACUGUAUAGUGUGAUUUGUUAUCACCAUCUACUUAUGUUUGGUUAUAAGCUCAACGUUCGACGGCGUGCAUGCAGGUUAAGGUUAUUGCGGUACGAUCUGUAAUGUUGCUUUAAACUUAGGUAAUAUCGUCUGGACUCGUGGAUUCGUUAUGUUGAUUCAAGGCCCGAUUGAAAAUAUAGUAGCGAUUCAUUUGGUACAAUAGUUGCUUCCGAAGAGAAAAAGUUUUCGUUGGUAUAUAAAGGGGGAAUAGUUCAACUCACGGUCACUCGGCUGGAGAUAUAGAAGCGAAAAGAACAUGGCGGCACUUUGUAAACCUUCGUCGUAUGCUGAAUAUGCACCUUCACUUCAAUACAGCAAUAAACAGAAAAAGAUGUUCCUGGAAAAGACAGUUUCUUUUAUUGGGAGACAAGAAAAACAGGUGACAUCUUCAGUUGGCAUCGACCAAGCUAUCUUGACAAAAAGACUUCAAGCAAACUUGGAAAGAUCUGCCGCUAUAGAAGCUAAGAUAAGCAAGAUACGGGGUGUGGAGAGCACAAAUCUCGGCAGUGGCACGCCUGCUGUGGAAGAUUUAAAGCAAGCAUGGAGCGAUGGAGUAACUGUAGAAAGAAAUUUAUCAGCACAAAAGGACGCUCUCUCCCCAAACAUCGCACUUCCCGCCGCGUUAAGGAUUUUGAAAUCUCAAGGCAAGAAGAUAGCUCCAGAAGUUGAAGCUAAGAUCACGAAUUUGGAUAAAAACCGACGAUUUUCUACGCGACGUUUUUCAAUUUGCAGCAUACGACCAAAUAACUCAAAAGAAAUGUUAAUGGCGUCACGUCACCCGGUUUCUGAGGCACGGAACAAGCAUAGGAGAGGAAGCGCUGUGUCUUCUACUUCUUCCGGGGGACUUUUAAAGAAGAAGAGACCGCGAAACCAGCAAGUAAUGUCCCAGGUUCUAGCCCCAUUACCCCCACUUCGCCCCUCCUCUGCACCAAGGGGCCAUGCAACGGAUAAGGAGUUCGCCACAGCCAUGUGGGUGGCGGGGACAACUACAGGUAAAGAGCAACACAGUGUGCAUGAACGACCCGCAUCAGCAAAGCCGAACAUACAUCCUGAUACGGACGAGGCUGAGACGCCACCGGUUGAACUUGAACACCCAUAUACCCCGAGCGAAUCCGAACCACCUGCGGUGAUCGACCGCUUCCCAACCCCGCCGGACUCGCCGGAUUUGUCCAAUCUUCGAGUCUACGAGGAGCCGCUUACAGCAAAGUCAAUGGAAGAGCUGCUUGCUAAACUAAACGAGAAUGAUCCUCAAAUAAGUUUGAUCGAUUUACACCGAGCUGUGGUGGCCUCGAAAAACUAUCCAGAUAAAAUCAAACAGUUUGUCCGUAGAAUUUACCGCUACAAAGCAGCAGAAGGGGCCAAUAAUACUGACUACUACUCGAGCAAAAUACACAACAAAACCAAAAAGUCUUAAAAAGUUCGAAAUCCGAAACGAAUAAAUCCAAGAAUAGUGAUCUAACAUGACGUAAUGUUUCUGCGCAUGCGCAGUAGAAAGCCUUGUGUGAUGUGUAGUGUGGCAUUUGAGAAUGUAUAACGUUCGAAACAUAAAUGUAACGAAAGCAUAUACUGCUUGAAAGACACUUAUAGAUCCAAAAGAUUGAAUGUUUACAACGAGGUAAAAAACACUGUGUUUCAAGUAUUUUGUAGUUAUUGUCGCCGUUAUAUUAUGCUGUUUCGCGUUUAAUUUUAAAUAAAUAUUUAAAGCUGCCAUA